AUUGCACAAGUGCUUCUACUUACUCUCACGCUAUCGAUUACUCUUUUGCGAUGCUUUGUUCGUCUGAGGAUCGAGGCGCGUGCUCUUACAUUGUCUGACUACCUAAUAUGGGCUGGUUGUGUAUUCGCGGUCGCAUUUGUGAUCUGUCAAGGCAUUGCGCUGAAUGCUGCACGAACGCAUCCUCUGAUUGAGAGCACUUACAUUGACUCCGUCCUGUAUCUCAAGGCUGUCUAUGCAUCAUGCUUCUUCUUCGACAUUGGACUGUUCAUGCCAAAAGCAUCCAUCACAGCCUUCUACUGGUGGCUCAUCCCGAAGAUGUUUAGAAGUUUGAGAUUUAUGCUAUGCCUUGUCACAGUCUAUCUUGGCCUUGCACUGGCUGGCUCCUUUUUCAUUGAUCUGUUCAUUUGUUAUCCAAUCCACUACAAUUGGUCGUUGGACUAUGAUGAGCAAGGUCAAUCUAUUUGGAAUUCUUACACGGAUCUUUGGGCCAAUUGGACUCUCAACUUUUCGUCGGACGUAUUCCGUAUGUUCAAUCUCCCCAUGUUCGAGCUCUCAAGACUGUCACCGCGUAAGAUUGGGACCUCAAUACACGACAAGGACGAAUCUCAGAGCUCACAAUACAUGCUAACACGCUGUAGUAUUCUUCAUUCCUUUUUCAUCAUUAAAUCGCUCAAGCUCCGACAGAGACAGAAAUUCGGCUUGAUUGGUGUUUUCUCGCUCGGUCUGAUCACAAUGGCUAUUAGCUUCGCCCGCUUCAUGAUCUAUACGGUUUCCAACUAUAACUUGGGCGACAACGAUGGAGCCGUUCUAUGUACAGCGGAAAUGUGCACAUCUCUCAUCGUUGCCUCUCUUCCGGGCCUCAAGAUUCUCAUCACGCGCGGUAUCUCUAACCACCUCUCAUCUCGUUCCGGCACCUCUGGCUACAAUAAAUCGUCCAACAGUCCCGGCUCCCAAAGUCGCAUCGCAAAACUGUCUGCUCGUCUAGCUCGACCAACACGACAAGAUCCUACGGAUGAAUCAGAAUUUGAGUUGAUCACAGUGGGCGUACCGGACAAACAGUAUAGUGGAAAACUGGCUCCGUCCGCGAAGAGCGUCAAUCUGGAAGACACGCAGAUCACGGUAAAGCACGAUUUUACGAUUGAGCAUGGGGUUGACAGUAAGAGGGGGUCAUAUCACAACACCACCAGCUUGCCAUUCGUAUGA